AUGACUGCUUCUGUUGCAAAUUCGUUGAUAACAGUUAAUCCUGAUGAGCUCCGCUUCCAAUUUGAGUUGGAGAAGCAAACAUUUUGCGAUCUUAAAGUCCUGAAUAACACAGAGCACUACGUUGCCUUUAAGGUCAAAACCACUUCACCAAAGAAGUACUUUGUACGACCUAAUACUGGUGUUAUACAUCCAUGGGAUUCGUGUAUCAUAAGAGUCACCCUCCAAGCCCAACAAGAAUACCCUCAAGACAUGCAAUGCAAAGAUAAGUUUCUCUUGCAGACUAUCAUAGUGAGUCCAAACACUGACGUUGAUGAGCUUCCACCAGAUACUUUUAAUAAGGACAGUGGAAAGUCAAUAGAGGAAUUGAAACUAAGAGUGGUAUAUAUCUCGCCUACCUCACCCCACGGAAGCACAGAAGAUGAUACUGUAAUGAACUCCACGCAAAGUCAAAUCAUACAGCGCCUGAAGGAGGAAAGAGAUGCCACUGUUAGACAAACACGGCAACUGCAACAAGAACUGGAUAUGCUGAAAAGGCGAAGAAAUCGUAGAAGCGAUCCAGGGUUUUCCUUCACUUUUGCCAUGUUCGUGGGUCUCAUUGGAUUAUUGUUUGGUUUGCUUUUGAAACUUUCAUUGUCUUCACCACCUACAGAAUGA